CGUAAACGGUUCGGGUUCAGCCCUGUGCCUGCUGUUGUCCGCUCGUGCCGACAUAGGUUCAACUUGCCCUUAAUCUGUGCAAAGACCUUUUGGAAACACCUUCUAGAAACAUAACCUUUUUCAGUGUCUUAAUAAAUUCUGUUGUGUCCAAGAAAAGCCUGUGCAAAUGAGCAAGACAUCCCAACAGAACACCACUGCAGAUGCAAACGGAGUAAGUGCGAUUCACACACAAGCACACACCAGUGGUUUGCAGCAGGUUCCCCAGCUGGUGCCUGUUAGUCUUGGUGGUGGAGGCAAAGCUGUGCCUCCAAGCAAACAGGGAAAGAAAAAUUCCUUUGUGGAUAGAAACAGUAAUGAGUAUCGUCAGCGAAGAGAGCGAAACAACAUUGCAGUGAAAAAGAGCCGGUUAAAAAGCAAGCAGAAAGCACAAGACAUGCUGCAAAAAGUCAACCAGCUCAAAGAUGAAAAUGAACGUUUAGAGGCAAAAAUCAAACUCCUGACCAAGGAGCUGAGCGUACUGAAAGACUUGUUCCUCGAGCAUGCGCACAACCUUGCAGACAAUGUGCAACCUGUUGGCACUGAAACCGCCACAACACAUCCAGAAAACAAUGGACAGUAGACACUGUUGCAACAUUAUGAAAUGAACUCUCCAGGUGCAGCUUAUCUGCAAUGCCCAUGCAGUAGCCAAGCAAAAACUCUAUUCUUUUAGCCAUCAUUUUGUGGCGAUUUUCUUCUUUUUAAGUUUGACACUGAAGAUUUGAUAAAAUUAAACGAGAAACUGCUUAGGGUAUUCAUUUUAAAUAUUUUUAUCCUCUAAAAGAUGUAUCUGAUAAAUGCAGAUCUAAAGUCAUAGUCAACAAGGAGCUUAGUAUUAGGGAAGUAGCAUUUGCAUUUUCAUUUCACAGAAAUGUUCACUUACUUACCUUCUUAUAGUUUGCAUAAUGGGAGGAAUCCAGCAAGAUGGUUCACUGUAGCAUCAGAAACUCAUAAUUGGAUAAAAUGUCUUUUAAAUAACUUAGAGUAUUUAGGACCUUUGUUUUCCCCAUUACAUAUUACCAAACUGCAAAGGCUGUGGAGGGUGUUUGGUUUCCUGUGUGGUGGACAACUUUAAAUCUGUAAAGCAAGUCCUAUAAAGCACCACAUAAGGUCUUUCCUGUCCUCUUACAGGUAAUGGGAAAGGUGUGUAGUAAUAGUGAGCUGGGACGCUUACUGAUGUUUUCUAGAAAAUUAGCUAUAUAUUUAGGUGAUCCUGCCCCUCUACUCUGCUCUUGUGAGACCCCACUUGGAGUACUAUGUGCAGUUCUGGUGUCCUCAACAUAAGAAGGACAUGGAGCUGUUGGAGCAAGUCCAGAGGAGGGCCACGAGGAUGAUCAGUGGGCUGGAGCACCUCCCAUAUGAAGACAGGCUGAGGAAGUUGGGGCUGUUCAGCCUGGAGAAGAGAAGGCAAGGCUGCAUGGAGACCUCAUAGUAGCCUUCCAGCAUCUAAAGGGGGCCUACAAGGAUGCCGGAGAGGGACUCUUCAUCAGGGACUGUAGUGAUAGGACAAGGGGUAAUGGGUUUAAACUUAAACAGGGGAAGUUCAGGUUAGAUACAAGGAAGAAGCUCUUUACUGCGAGGGUGGUGAGGCACCGGAACAGGUUGCCCAGAGAAGUGGUAAAUGCUCCAUCCCUGGCAGUGUUCAAGGACAGGUUGUGGACAGAGCCUUGGGUGACAUGGUCUAGUGUGAGGCAUCCCUGCCUAUGGCAGGGGGGUUGGAACUAGAUGAUCUUAAGGUCCUUUCCAACCCUAACCGUUUUAGGAUUCUGUGAUGAUAUAUACAGGCAGUUGGCUUCCAAAUGGCAAGCGGGUCUGAAGCAUCAUGUGUAAGAGGUAAAGCAGCAGAGUAACAAAGCCUAAUUUUAAGCCUCUGUUCACAUUUCUCACACACUGACUGGGGCCUUAUGAGAACAAGAUUUUGGUUUUCAUAAAAUGUUAAAAUGCUACCGAAAACCUGUGCUCUGCAAAAUUGCAUUCUUGCUGGGGUACAGGUAUUGGGGAGAAUGAAAUAUGUGGCUUGGUUUCAUCUAUUCAGCCAGAAUGUAUGGAUCACUGCUUGUUGACAUUCAUCUCCAGUUUUGCAGCUGCUCAGACUUACAACCAAGAUCUUAUAUUUACAGUGGUUUUAAAAAUAAAUGGCCCUAGUUUGAAGAACUGAUUCAGUGGAAUUGCUAUAGCCAUCAUACAGUUGUGUGAAGGAGUAUCUUUGGUCUUGUUUUAUUUUGAUAAAAGUUUUUCUAUUAUAACUUAUAGUAUUUCUAUUAUAAUUUAUAAUGCUACUGCUAAGUCUUUGCCAUGAUCCAUAAUGAAGUGGUAUGUUCUAUACUGAGGAUUUAAACAAUACAAGUAAAGCAGGAACUUUGAUGUAACCUUAAUUUAUUUCCGUUUUAAAGUAUUUCAUUGAUGGUAUGGUCAUGUUACAUUUAACAUGUGUCUGGCUAGUGGAUUAUUACACUGUCUUAAUUUCCUUCCUACACUACCUUUUUCCAGAGACUAUUUUGUAGGAUGCUUGUUUGCCUUGUACCUGUACUUAGGAAGAAAAGUUGGAUAUUAUCUCUAUGAAGAUGCUGUUAGAAAAUGGAACCUUGAAAAGUUCUUUUUGAAUUUAAACUUUUAAUACAUGUGUAAAACUUUUAUGGAUUGGUUUGGCAGUCUUUUUACAAAGAUAUGGGUUUUUUUUUUGUUUGCAGCUUAAGUAGGCAGGGUUGAAAUAUCAGAAGCUAAUAAAAACCUUUUGCUUCUA